UUUAGAGGCUUUGUUGUUUUUCACCUUCUUACCAAUAUUUCCUUUUCUCCUCUCACCCUUUAUCUCUCUAUCUCUCCCUUUGUGGUAUAUAAUACACAGCAAACAAUCAAGAAGAUCAGAUCAUGGUGGGGUUUUUUAUUUUCUCCUUAUCAAGAAUCAUCUGAUCAGUCAAAUACCCAUCAAUCAAUCAAAUCCCCAAACACUCCCAAAAUAAGAAGAUCAGCUUCCAGCUUCAAAGCAUUUUCUUCUUCUUACAAAAAAAAUGUCUAUGUCGUCUAUGUCUUCUCCUUCCUCAGCUGUUUUUUCACCAGAGCCCCUCUCUCCUUCCGACCAUCUCUGCUAUGUCCAAUGCAACUUUUGUGAAACGAUUCUUGCGGUUAGUGUUCCUUACACAAGCAUGUUCAAGACCGUAACCGUCCGAUGCGGUUGCUGUACUAAUCUUCUUUCUGUGAACAUGAGAUCGGCCGCCCUUCCAGCUUCUAACCAGCUCCAGCUUGGUCCUCACUCUUACUUCAAUACACAAAAUAUUCUGGAGGAGCUGAGAGAUGCACCUUCAAACAUGAACAUGAUGAUGAUGAAUCAACAUCCUAAUAUGAAUGACAUACCGUCUUUCAUGAAUAUUCAUCGACAACAUGAGAUUACUAAAGCACCACCCGUUAACCGCCCUCCAGAGAAAAGACAGAGAGUCCCAUCCGCAUAUAACCGAUUUAUCAAGGAGGAGAUCCAACGUAUCAAAGCUGGUAAUCCUGAUAUAAGCCACAGAGAAGCCUUUAGUGCUGCUGCCAAGAAUUGGGCCCACUUCCCUCACAUACACUUCGGACUCGCACCAGACAAUCAACCCGUGAAGAAAACCAACAUGCCUCAACAGGAUGGAGAGGAUAACAUGGGGAUGAAAGAAGGAUUAUACGCUCCUGCGGCUCAUGUUGGUGUGGCUCCUUACUAAAGAUAAAUAUGAUCGAUAAGUAUUUGAGAAUUUGAAAUCCAAUUUCUUUAACAUUGAUGAUGUUCUUUUUUUUUUGUGCGACGAUUGAUGAUGUUCAAUUGUUGGGUUUCUUUUCUUUCUUGCACUUCAAUUAUAUAUUAUGUAUGCAUGCGUUUUCUUCUGUUGUUGUAAUCAAAAUCUUGCUAAUCAAUGAGGUUUAUUAUGUUA